GAGCUAUCUGACCUCCUAUCUCGAUCUAGACGCGCUGAUUCCAGCGCCUGCCGUUGUUUGAUCAUGUCGCCUCGAUCGCAAGUGCGCCUCCACUAGUCAUCAACAAGCGAUAUAAAUUAUAUAAACAUCAAGCUUAAUUAUUCAUAACGACCGCCUACCAUGGACGACGGUCCUCCUCCACCCCCUCCCCCUCACGGCGAGAAACCACAAACCACCCAGGGCGAAUAUCGCAAGACUUCCGACCUCCCUCCGGGGAAUUACGACAUCUUUAUCAUCCCCCCUCACUCCGCCGGCUCCGGAUUUCUCUACCUACCUUCCCUCCAGCCACAACGUAACAGCUUCAUCGCAGGAUCCGCCUGCACACUCUUUGCUGUCCUGCUUUGGACCCUUAUAUCACCCCUUCUGAAAGCAUGGUGCGCUGCCACUGUCGCCAGUGGCAAUGGCCUGGCCAUCGCCGUGCUGGCUAUCGGAGUUGGGGUCGCCGGGUGGGCCGUGGGCGCCUCACAAUCCGAUUCUGGGGGAGGCCGACGACGGCCCAAUUUUGGAUUUAAUACCGGCGGGGGUCCAGGCGCGGGUGGACCCUCCGGCAAUGGCGCCGGGGGUGAGUAUGCACGGGGACAGCAGCAUGGGGCCCAAAAUCAGGGCCCGAAUGGUCAUCCUGGUGGGCAGGGGCAAGGACAGCAGCAAUAUGGGGGCAACUUCAAUUCGGGUCCGCCUCCGGGUGCAGGCCAGUAUGGUGGGAACCAUCAAUACCAGAAUACUGGUGGGCCCGGAAGUGGACCACCCCCGCAACCGCCACCGCAGGCAGGCGGAUCAAAUAAGACAGGUUCGUCUGCCACCGGCUCUGAAAGCAAACCUCAAAGUGGAGCUGAUUGGGAGAAGGCCCGUGAAGAGACCCGGCGCAAGGAGGAGCUGCGCCGCAAGAUGGAGGAGUUUAAGCGGAAGCGGGAGGCCGAGCAGCGCGAGAAGCAGCAGAAGCGCGAGCGCGAGGCCAUGGAGCGAGAGCUGCGUGAGCGCAGGGAGCAGCUCGAGAAGGAGAUGGCUGCCGCCAAGGAGGCGGCCGCCCGCGAGGCCCGAGAACGGGCGGAGCGCGAAGCAGCCGAGGCCAAAGCCAAAGCGGAGCGAGAGGCCGCGGAAGCUCGAGCCAAGGCGGAGCGUGAAGCCGCGGAGGCCAAGGCUAAAGCAGAGAAAGAGGCUCGAGAGGCCCGCGAGCGAGAAGCACGUCGGGCAAAGGAAGCCCGAGAACGAGAGGCACGACGCGCCGCCGAAGCCAAGGCCCGUGCUGAGCGCGAGGCCGCAGAGGCCAAGGCUAAAGCAGAGCGUGAGGCUGCGGAGGCAAAGGCCAAGGCAGAGAAAGAGGAGGAAGAGCGUAAAGCUGCAGCUAAGAAGGAAGCGGAUGCCAAGUUUGCGGCGCUCAAAGAGGCUGCCGCGAAGAAGUAUGCCGAGAAGAAAGCCAAAGAUGCACAGGAGGCAGCGGCCAAAGAGGCCGCCAGCCAAAAGGCAUCUAGCACGUCCACUCCCCGCACACCAUCACCCAAGAAGCCUGCGUAUCCCCGCACCGACACUGACAGCUCAUAUUCCAACUUUCGACCGACUGACCGUCCGCGCCGGCCGUACGGCGGUGCCACCUCGGGGUCAUCAGUGUACUCGGACUCUUCAUAUGCGCCGUCACAGACAACAGCACGAACGACACCGCCGCCAUCGAAUCGUGGGGCCUAUGAGACUAAAGACCCUGAUAAGAUUGUUAUCAAGGGUGUGUUCGAUCCUGGCAUGGUCAGCGAUGGACUGGGACUCUUCAUCGACGACGAUGUACGCGGCGUCGGCCAGCGCGAAUGGGACGUCAAGGCAUGGACGAUGAACCUCGUCGAGGUAUGGUGUCCGAAAUUCGGGGCGCAGCGUCAACCACCGAAGCCCCCGCCGGGGCCAUUCAAUCGGCGGGGCAACGAACCGACGCCAGAGGAAUCGGAAGCAUUCCUGGGCAACCUGCUGAAGAUGUGCAAGAACACGUGCCGACUAUCGACCGGGGGAGGAGAUGAUCAGCGCUCGCUGCAUGGCAAACGAUAUGUGUUUGUGUUGCAGGAGACGGAGGGGUGGAAGGUGGCGAUUGGGCUGCAGCGGUUGCGACGGGGGACGUUGUCGCGGGCAUUGGGGAGUCGGAUGAUAUUAUCAGGAUUAGGAUAUGAGUGA